AUGCUUCGCGACAAGAGCGGUUUAGUCCCACGAUUUGAGAAACGGGCGAAACAGAAAAAAUUGCUGGCUGAAGUCAAGCAAAAGACGCUUGCUCGCCUUGAGGAAGCACGCAAAAAUCGCCGAAAGCCACCAGAUCCAGCACAGGACACUUUCGUAGAGAAAAUGAUAACGGCAAGUUAUCAAGAAUCUCCAGGUAUUACUGUGUCUAAUAUUCAUGUUCGCUUUGAGGAUAAGUUUACAAAUAGACAUCGUCCUUUCGUGGCUGGAGUCACACUUGAAAGGCUCGAUUUCCAAACAACUACCGAGAAUUGGAUUCCUACGAUUCAUAGAGACGUUGUUAAAAUCUUCCAUAAACUUGUUUUACUUGACAACCUUGCCGUCUACUGGAACUCGGGUUCGGAAUUGUUCUCAGAUCUGACUGAUAAGAAGGAGAUCCGACGGAAGCUCCAGGCUACGAUUCACAACGGGAAGAAUCAGCCUGAUGGUUAUAAAUACAGUGAGUGGAAUUUGGAAUUUUACUAA